CAUAUAAUGCCUCCGAAAAAGAAAGCCAGCAACCCGGGAGGGCCUAAGCCUGGCACUAAACAGGCCAAGGCUGCUGCAGAGAUCAAAGACAAGGACAAGAAGGCCGCAGCCGUGCCCGAGGAGCCCAAAAAACCAACCGUGAAGGAGGUUAUUGGCGGCGCAUCAUGGACGGGCAAAUUACCCGUCAAUAUGCUCUCAGAGCAUUGCCAAAAGCAAAAAUGGGAGAAGCCAGAGUAUAGCAUGAUUAAUACCUCAGGCGGCCAUGUAUCCGCCGUCACGAUGAAACGAGUGGACCCUAAAACUCGCGAAUUGACCGUUCUCCCUCCGAUGAAGCUGCCUCCAUCACAUAAGGAACUAGCGGCGCAGGCGACGGCACUCGAGGCUCGCCAUUUUGCUGCCGCAUGGGCGCUUUUCCGUGUGUGCAACAUGCGCAAUAUCCAUAUGAUGAUGCCUCCUAAAUACAAAAAGCUUUGGAAGGAGGAUUUUGCGGAGAUCAAGGCGGCAGAGACUCGCGAGGGCAAAGGCUGGUUAUACGAGGCAGAUCCAUUCUUGGCUAAGCAGGAACGGGAGAGUGCCGCCGCAGAUCUGGAAAAGAAGAGGGUCGAACGUGCAAAGGCGCAAGCGAAAGAAAAGGUCUCCUCAACAGAUCUUGGACUUGGAGGCGGUGAUGCUAGAAGCAAGCGAAUUUGGUCGCAAGCACCUAAGGUGGAAAUGGGUACUCGGAUUCGGCGCGAGAUCGAAGGACUGCUACGCCAGCAUACAAAUUGGAACCCAUAUGGGGUGAAGGUUCCCGAGCAGGAGAAAAAAUCCACGGUAGAGGAAUUCUCGAAACUCGGAUUCCGUCGAAGCCACGUUGAGGAAGCUGUGGAGGAGUGUAAGGACCGUGAGGAAGUUCUAGAGUGGCUUUUGGUCUAUGUGCCUGAAGACGAUCUGCCUCGAUGGUGUUUGCCUGAGGGAUACUCUGCCGGUGUCAGCCUUGCGGCUGGGGACCUGGCACGAGAAGCGAAGAUAAAGCGUCUUGCCUCUAUUGGCUAUCCUGUGGACCUGUGCUCUCAAGUUCUCGAUGGAAAGGAUGGUGAUGAGCUGGCAGCUGCAGAGUAUCUACAAAGUACCUUGGCCCAUGGAUCUGAAUUCGCAUCUGCUUCAAUCCCGGAAGGAAAUCCGGAAGCUUGGGCUGAAGAACAAGACACUCUUGAGGCUAUCUUUGGAGAGCGCUACGUCCGUAUUUCGCCGCGAGUCUGUGAAAUCAAAAGCGAGGCUCCUGAGAUUCCAGAGAACACCACGUUCCGUUUCCAAGAGCCAUCUUCUCACUAUCCCUCAGUCGCUCCGGUCAUAUCAAUUCAAGCCAAGGGAGUCCCGGCUUAUAUUCGUCUCAGCGCUAUUCGCCGGGCUGUGCAAUAUGCAGAGGAAAAAUUUUCGGGCGAAUCUAUGAUUUUCAAUAUUAUGGAUUGGUUAGAGAUGAACCUAUCUGAGAUAAUGGAGAACCCAGGCAGGCUUCGAGAGAUCUCUGCCGUGACAGUAUCACCAGCCGCGAAUACUCAUGAGGUUUCUGUGCGCGGAUCUCGCAAACAGCGCCGGGGUAUUGAUUGGAAAGCCAACUCCCCCGCAAGCAUGGCAAUGCUGGAGGCCUGGGAAGCUAAGCAGAACAGCGCUGCACAGGUUGAGAUGUCUCGAAAGAGACGGUCACUACCAGCCUGGAACACUCAAUAUGCCAUCGUUGAAGCUGUUAACUCGCAUCAAGUUACCAUCAUCUCUGGUGAAACUGGUAGUGGUAAAAGUACACAGUCUGUACAGUUUGUACUCGACGAUAUGAUUCAACGAGGCUUGGGAGGCGCUGCAAACAUUAUUUGCACGCAGCCCCGUCGUAUCUCAGCUUUGGGUCUUGCUGAUCGAGUUAGCGAUGAGCGAUGCUCAACUGUCGGCGACGAGGUUGGAUACGUGAUCCGUGGUGAAUCAAAGGCCAAGCAGGGCGCAACCAAGAUCACCUUUGUGACGACUGGUGUUCUGCUUCGCCGUAUUCAAUCUGGUGGCGAUGCCGAUGGAAACGUCGCCAGCUCUCUGGCAGACGUUUCACAUGUGGUAGUUGAUGAAGUCCACGAGCGGAGUCUUGACACUGACUUCCUACUGGCCCUGCUGCGGGAUGUUCUGAAACACCGCAAAGAUCUGAAGGUCAUUCUCAUGAGUGCCACGUUGGAUGCAAACAUUUUCAUGAGCUACUUUGGUGGAUCGAAAUCCGUCGGUCUAGUGAACAUCCCUGGACGAACCUUCCCGGUUGAAGAUUACUACUUGGACGAUGUCAUCCGGGAUACUGGAUUUGCUCCUGAACUUAAUGAAUGGGAUGAGGACAUGGAGCCGUCACCACAAGAGGAAAUGACACUGGGUAAAGCUUUGCGCAGCGUCGGAAUGGGCAUCAACUAUGACUUGAUCGCAUCUACCGUUCAAUUCAUUGAUGCCGAAUUGGGAGACCACCCCGGAGGAAUUCUUAUCUUCCUGCCAGGAACAAUGGAAAUUGAAAGGUGCCUAACGGCUAUAAAGAGAAUUCCCAAUAUGCACCCACUGCCUUUGCAUGCAUCUUUGCUUCCAGCAGAGCAGCGCCGUGUAUUUCAAAGUCCACCCAGGGGAAAGAGAAAGGUCAUUGCGGCCACGAAUGUGGCAGAAACAUCCAUCACCAUCGAGGAUGUUGUCGCCGUCAUUGAUACCGGCCGAGUCAAAGAAACAAGCUACGAUCCCAAAGACAAUAUGGUCCGACUUCAAGAAGUAUGGGCGUCGCAAGCAGCUUGCAAACAGCGCCGCGGUCGAGCAGGCCGUGUUCGUGCAGGAACUUGCUAUAAACUAUACACUCGCAAAGCCGAGUCCAACAUGGCCCCGCGACCAGACCCGGAAAUCCGCCGUGUCCCCCUCGAACAACUAUGUCUGUCCGUGAAAUCCAUGAAAGGUAUUGAAGACGUCGCCACCUUCCUAGCCAACACAAUCACACCACCAGAAAGCAUAGCUGUUGAAGGCGCUCUCAACUUCCUGCACCGGGUCGGAGCCCUGGAUCACAAUCGUCUUACCGCACUAGGCCGGUAUCUAUCCAUGAUCCCGGCAGAUCUUCGCUGUGCCAAGCUCAUGAUCUACGGCUCGAUCUUCGGCUGCAUGGAACCUUGUCUCACAGUCGCAGCCAUUCUAACAGUCAAAAGCCCCUUCGUGUCUCCCCGCGAAAAACGAGAUGAAGCGGACGCCGUGAAAGCCACUUUCUCCCGUCCCGGAGAUGGAGAUCUUCUCACGGAUUUGUCCGCCUACCAGGCCUGGUCCGAGCGUGCCCGCACCCAGGGCCAUUGGCAAUCACAGUCGUGGUGUGGUAUGAACUUCUUAUCCCAUCAAACUCUCCGCGACAUCUCAUCCAACCGAGCUCAAUUCGUCACGUCCCUCAAGGAUGCCGGUCUUCUGCCGGUAGAUUACAACGAUGGCGCAAACAAUUGGAACCGCAACGCCUCCAACCGGAACCUCAUCCGCGCGCUCAUCGCAGGAGCGUUCCAGCCACAGGUUGCGCAGAUCUCAUUCCCGGAUAAGAAAUUCGCUAGCUCGGUCACUGGUACUGUCGAAGUUGAUCCAGAUGCCCGGACAAUUAAGUACUUUAACCAGGAGAACGGGCGUGUCUUCAUUCAUCCUAGCUCGAUUCUCUUCUCUGCACAUGGUUAUCCCAGUUCUGCCGCGUAUCUGAGCUACUUUACCAAGAUGGCAACGAGCAAGGUUUUCAUUCGGGAUCUGACUCCAUUCAACGCAUACUCGUUGCUCCUCUUCUGUGGCUCUAUCACUCUUGACACGAUGGGCCGUGGACUCGUCGUAGACGGCUGGCUCCGGCUACGUGGUUGGGCUAGAAUCGGUGUACUUGUUUCACGAUUGCGCACAAUGCUAGAUGAGGCUCUUGCUGCGCGCAUUGAUAGUCCCGCGCUUGGCUCGGAUGGUGGGGCGGGAGACCGAGUGAUCGAGGCUGUGAAAAGGUUAAUUGAGUUUAACGGUCUAGACCAGUGAUCUGUAUAGCAUAGAUGAUAAACGAUUUAGACGAUAAACAGAGGAAUUUACUGAGAGUGUAUAC